GUAUCAACAGAAGUUUGGACAGACUCCAAAACUCCUAAUAAAAUCUGUUAGCUCACGUGAAUCAGGAACACCAGCUCGGUUUUGUGGCAGACUGACUUCACUUUGACCAUCAGUGGAGUUCAGGCUGAAGAUGCAGCAGUUUAUUACUGUAAGAGUGUACACCUUGGCCUAGUGUUCACACAGUGAUUUGUAGUCGUACAAAAACCUCCCUCAGUCAGACUUUAGAGACACUGAGCUGUUACAGCAGGAACCGAGUGCAGCUGCUGAAAAGGAAAAGACUCUGACAGAGACCACUGACCAAAAAUAGAAGAUCUAAAACCAUUUAAGUGCUGUGCAUUUUUGAGGCACUUGUAACUGCUCAAGUGUUUUCAUUUUCUUCUACAUUCUUUUUCUAUUCCAUUACAUUUUAGAAGAAAAUCCAUACUGUAAUAUAAUUUUGCAGGACUGUCAAGUCAACAUAGCAAAUACCAGGUUAUCAGGUUCAUUCACUCAGUAGCACUGCUUGCACCACCAGCAUGCUAUCAUUUUUGGUUUUAAGUGAAAUGGCUUAAUAACCUAUUGAAGGAACGCUAUGAAAUUUGGUUCAGAUAACCAUGGAGCCCAGAAGAUCAGUUUUACUGAUAUACAUUUUUCCGUAAACUCUUUCUGUAGUGACACCCAAAUUUCUUUUCUGAAUGGGGAAUACAAAACAUUGGUGACAACUCUGGUACGACAGUAAAUUUAGAAUUAAGUUAAGUUUAAAUUUGCAUCAUUUGUUAAUCUUAGGACUCAAAGUAUAAAUGUUUACAAAGAAACAGAGACAAAUCUUUCUAAGUGCGUGUGUCCUUUUGUACCAUUCAUUGAUCUUGCUGCAUGCGCUGUCCAAGACAAGGAUUAGAUGUUAUUGGAUUGGUUACAGGUGACACAGGCUGAUGUUGUGGAAAGGACGUAGUCAAAUUUGGAUCUGUUCCCGGGUCAGCAUGGACGGUGUGACGUCAGCAGACGUAGGUCAACUGCAAGAAUUAACAAAACAAGCAAACAGCACACUAGUGUUACCAGGACGGCAUGCCUUGAUUUCUGUUAAGGGCUGCACAGUUGACAAAGCCUAAUGUCACUGUAAGUUCAGGCAUGUCCUGGACAUUGAGGACUAUUGCUGGUGUCUUACCUUUGGCCUCUGCCCUCUGAUAAUCCUGCCUCUACAGUGCAACUCGUUCACUUAAACAUAGUGAAAUCAAGAUCCACUUACUGUCCUUAGAAAGGAACAAUUAUAUCAGUGGUCAUUUAAACAGGAUGGGAGCCUUCCAAACUGGUAGGAGACCCCGGGGUAGACCCAGAGCACAGUGGAGAGAUUAUAUAUCUCAUAUGGAGGAGCUGGAAAAGAUUGCUGUUAGGACUAACUCGCUUAGCCUGUUGCCACACGGCCCAGGGUAAGCAUAUAAUGAAUGAUAAUGAACAUUUAAUGCAAUGCUUUUAUCUUGUUUAGAUUACUCUUAUUUACAUUUCCUUUCAAUAACUUUUGUCUCAUGAGUGUCAUCUAAUUAGAAAAUGAACCCAAAAGAUGAUUGAUUUGAGAAUGUAAAGAACAUAUAUGUUAGCCCUAUGCAAAGUUCAAACACCUGUUUCAUCAAUGGGAUGACUUUGAGGAGGUAGUAAUAAGUCAUAAUGAGCUACAAACGGGGGAGCCAAUCAGUGUUGAAGUCUAGUCUUUAUCCAAGCCUGAGUGGCUGUCGAGGAGCCUCUGUUAGCAAGGGGUAGGGAUAAUCCUUUUAAGCAAUGCUGUACCAGGAAUCAGUUAACAGUCAACACUUCUUCUCUCAGACUGGAUGAGCUCCUCAUUGUGAGACAGGACCCGCACUGGAUCAGUCUAACUGGCUGUUCUCCGCCUCAGAUCUCGUAGGACACAUAUUGAUCGACUUCACUCAUCAGGAGAUUUGGAUAUCUGUAAUAACUCAGGGGGGAGGGGGGUCUUUCUGGGUUACGGACUGAGCCUGAAUUAUCAUGGAGGGGUUGAAGAAGUUGUUGAAGAGUAUGUUGUCGUCAAAAGUCAGAGCGUACAUAAAGGACUACUGCAAGAGGAAUGGCCUGCUGACACUCUCUGUCAUUGCUGUAAUAACGGGCUGUGUGCUUGGAUUCAUCCUCAGGUCGCUCAACCUGUCCACACAGGCUAAGAUCUACUUCUCCUUCCCUGGAGAACUGCUGAUGCGGAUGUUAAAGAUGUUGAUCCUGCCACUCAUCACCUCCAGUCUUAUGUCUGGCCUGUCCGCCAUGGACACGAAGGCAAGUGGUCGGCUGGGAGUUCUGACCAUUACCUACUACCUGUGGACGACCUUCAUCGCUGUCAUCGUCGGCAUCGUGCUUGUGCUCAUCAUCCACCCGGGCACGGGCUCAGAGAAAGAUGGCCACCAUACAAGUUCAGGGCCUGUUAUGACCUCCGCUGAUGCUCUGCUGGACCUUAUCAGGAACAUGAUCCCGUCAAAUCUAAUCGAAGCAACUUUUCAGCAGUACCGAACAGACCUGGUACCUAUUAUACAAAACUCUGAUGUAAAAGAGUCUCAGGCAAACUAUGUAUAUGUCAUGCCCGACUACCACAACCCUAAGCUGGGCCACCCAGUCUUCCUGGAGAUCACCCCUGCUCCUGACAUCAAGUAUAAAAUUGCCCCCAGUACCAGCAAGGGCAUGAACGUACUUGGGAUUGUCAUCUUCUCUGCCACCAUGGGUCUGCUGCUUGGGAAGAUGGGAGAACGUGGAGCGCCACUGGUCAAUGUGUGCCAGUGCAUUAAUGAGUGCGUCAUGAAGAUCAUUAACGCUGCCAUGUGGUACUUCCCCUUCGGCAUUGUGUUCCUCGUGGCAGGGAAGAUCCUGGAUAUGCAUGACCCGGCCCACCUGGGAGAGAAGCUGGGCAUGUACUUCCUCACAGUCCUGGCUGGUUUAUUUGUGCACGGCCUCAUCCUGCUGCCUAGCUUCUUCUACUUCUUCACUCGCAAAAACCCCUUCCCAUUUAUCAGAGGGCUGCUGCAGGCUCUUGUCAUUGCACUGGCCACAUCAUCCAGUUCAGCCACAUUGCCAAUCACGAUGAAGUGUCUCCUGGAGAACUGUGGAGUGGACCGGCAGAUCGCUCGCUUCGUGCUGCCAGUGGGAGCUACUAUCAACAUGGAUGGGACAGCCCUGUACGAGGCAGUGGCGGCCAUAUUUAUUGCCCAGGUCAAUGAGUAUGACUUGGACUUUGGCCAGCUGGUCACAAUUAGUAUAACAGCAACAGCAGCCAGCAUCGGGGCAGCUGGGAUCCCUCAAGCCGGUCUGGUUACCAUGGUGAUUGUCCUGACCUCUGUGGGGUUACCGCCUGCUGACAUCUCCCUGAUUGUGGCCAUCGAUUGGGUUCUUGAUCGGUUCCGGACGAUGAUUAAUGUUCUUGGUGAUGCCUUAGCUGCUGGGAUUAUGGCUCAUUUAUGUAAGAAGGACUUUGAGAAAGCAGCCGCUGCUGCAGCUACUACCUCUGCUGCUGCCAGUAAUGGAGGAGGCCCCCAACGGAGAGACACAGUAAUCUCCUUUGGUAAUCAGAGCGUGGCACUGUCAGAUGCUCCUCUCAUUGCACACCGCUGCGAUUAUGUCUUUGAGGUGGAUGGAGACAACGUGCUUGAGAAACCUGUGGGAUCCUACAACCUUUGUCAAGUCUGAGACACUUUUACAGGAUGGACAGCAAGGGAUACUGCCUUUUACAGCACAUAGAUUCACCUCUCAUUAGCAAAGGGACCGUCAUCAGAGGCCCGGAAAAGUCUAGUUUGGUUAAAAUCCAGUGAGGUUUCCGUCCUUAAUGAAACUAUCGAUUAUCUUGUGGUGAUGGGGUUUAGCAGUUUUUUUGGAUUUUGCCUUUGCCAAGCCGGAAACUACUUGAUGUACUGUAUGUCUCCAUUCACUUUAAGCAGAAGUUGGGAGGAAAUGCACAAGUUUCACAUGUAACCUAAACAGACAAUAUGAAUGCACCUGCAGUUAUGAUAAUGUGUUGCACUGACAUGCAUUAGAUAGAUUAGUGUUCAUUGGUCAGUGGUGGUGACAGAUAAGAGAUUCACAGAAGAUGUACCCGAAUGCAGUUUGAUUGCAGGUUUAGACUUUAGUCAAGGUUUUGAGUUGCCUUAACAUGAUCUCAGUUUUGACAAUAAUUCUGAGAACUUGAAAGACUUGAAAGUAAACUGAUAGACAAGGAGAAAAUUCCUAUUGUUGAAGUGAACCUUUAUCUGUUAGACAAUGCAUUUAUGGAUAAAUAUUGAAGCACCAUAAUAAGAAUAUUUGCAUUAUGCUAAUUCGAUUGUCAUUUGCGUUUUUGUACCAAUGCUCUUAAUUUUGUGUUCAUUGUUUUCUAAUAAAAACCUGCUGUACUCCAA